CAGGAAGGAGAGCGAGCAAAAGCUCUUCGCUCCCUCCCCCCAUUUGGUCGGAGGCACAAGCCGCCGCCGCCGCCUCCUCCCCUACCAAUGGCCGCGAUCACCGCGCCCCCGCCGCAGCCCCAUCCACCCGCGUCCACCCGCCGCCACCACCACCACCACCGCGUGCCUCUCCUCCGCCUCGCCGCCUCCUCCUCCUCCUCCCGCUCCCGCUUCCGCCGCCGCUUCUCCUCCUCCUCCUCAUCGUCCUCGUCCUCGUCCUCGUCCUCGUCCUGGUCCCCACCCUCCUAUUAUGGGGGCGGCGGGGGAGGCGGGGGCGAGAUCCACUACGUCUCGCCGCCGCCGCCCCCGCCCCCGCCCGCGGGGGCGCCCGUGUACGUGACGCUCCCCGCCGACGCCGUGGGGCCGGGGGGCAGGGUGGCGCGGCGCCGCGCCAUGGCGGCGUCGCUCGCCGCGCUGGCGGGGGCCGGGGUGGCGGGCGUGGCGGUGGAGCUGUGGUGGGGCGUCGUGGAGCGCCAGGGGCCAGGGGUGUACGACUGGGCGGGGUACCUCGAGCUCGCCGCCAUGGCGCGGCGGUACGGCCUCCGCGUGCGCGCCAUCCUCGCCUUCCACCAGUCCGGCGCCGGCCCGCACGACCCGCUGUGGAUCCCUCUACCCCAAUGGGUACUUGAGGAGAUGGAUAAAUUGCCAGACUUGUCAUAUACAGAUAGAUACCAACGAAGAAAUAAAGAAUACAUCUCACUUGGGUGUGAUCUUCUUCCGAUUCUGAAGGGAAGAUCACCAAUGCAGGCUUAUUCAGACUUCAUGAGGAGCUUUCGAGAUGCUUUUAGAGAGUACCUUGGGGCCAUAGUGACAGAAGUUCAAAUUGGAAUGGGCCCAGGAGGUGAGCUUAGGUACCCAUCAUGCCCAACUGAGAAACUAAAUCAGCCAGGCAUCUCAUCUGAACUCGGGGAAUUUCAAUGUUAUGACAAGUUCAUGCAAGCAUCUCUGAGUGCUCGUGCACAGCUUAUUGGCAUGCAAGAUUGGGGAAACGGUGGUCCAGCUGGCACAGAUGGCUCACGACAGAACCCUGAAGAGACUAGUUUUUUCCGUGCUGAUGGUGGAUGCUGGAAUAGUCCUUAUGGUCGGUUUUUCCUUGAGUGGUAUUCAGGGAUGCUACUUCUCCACGGGGAGAGGUUAUGCAUGGUUGCUGAUGCUGUCUUCUCCGGUACCGGCGUGACCAUUGCUGGCAAAGUUUCUGGCAUACACUGGCACUAUUAUACAUGUUCACACCCAUCAGAACUGACUGCUGGUUACUACAACACAUUGCUGAGGAACGGUUAUCUUCCUAUCACCCAAAUGUUUGCUAGAUACAAGGCUGCCUUGUGCUGCAGUUAUUUUGACCUGAGGGAUGAGGAGAGAAACAACUCCAAGAGCAGUCCAGAAGGUACUCUCCGGCAACUUAUGGUUGCUGCCAAGAUGUGCAAUCUUCCUCUAAACGGCGAAAACUCCAUGACAAGGCUUGACGAUACAUCUCUGAAUCAAGUCGUCAGAAGCUCAAGGCUCUACUCAGGUGGUACCUCAGCAACAUCUUUCUCCUUCAACUAUGUGAGGAUGAACAAAAGCCUGUUUGAGUUUCACAACUGGAACCGAUUCACCAAGUUUGUUAGGCAGAUGUCAGAUGCCAGGACAUUUCUUGCCAGGCUAGAGUUCAGGAGAGGGCAGCAGUACCUCUCCUCGAUGUCUGUUGUCUGGGUGGUCAGCCGGGCCUGUGCAUAUACAUGAAUCAGAAUUUGCCCCCCAAGUGACUGCUAGACACAAACAAUUCCAUCGAAUUGAGUAUGACUGUAUGUGUGAUAGCAUCUACUAUACUAGGAAUAUCAAUGAACCCCAUUCUUGCAA